CGGAAGCGCCAAAGCAGAAGACCAAAGCGGCAGUUAGCUGCUUUAAACGGUUUAAAUUUCAUGUGUUCUAGUUUGUUGCGUCCUAAAGUCAAUUCUACAUUAAAGGAAAGUGUAAACCGGAUUAGCGCGCUGUGGAUUAACGUUUUGGUGAACAGAUGUGAACAUGGCCUCGAAGAGAGACCAACUUCUGAUUGUUGUGUCCAUUCUGGAAGGACGUCACUUCCCAAAGAGUGGUCGCCUUAGUCUGGUGGUGCAGGCGAGUUUUGAUGGAGAGCAGCUCGCCACUGAUCCAGUUGAGCACAGAGAGCAACCACAGUUCAGCACUGAGCUGGCUUGGGAGCUGGACCGCAAGACCCUACACCAACACAGACUGCAGAGAACUCCCAUCAAGCUUCAAUGUUUUACUGUUGACUCAGUCAGCAAGAAGAGAGAGGGCAUCGGCUACAUCAUCCUCGACCUGCGAUCAGUACAGGAGGCCAAACAGGAGCCUCGCUGGCUUCCACUGCUGAGCAGUAAGUACGCCAAACAGAGGCCUGAACUCCUCCUCUGCAUCACGCUGGAGAAUGACACCAAGUCCUCUGACCCCUCUCCUGAAAGGUUCAAAGCCAGGAAAGCCCCGCCCCGACAAGGUUCUCCUGCAGUAACUGAGCUGCUCCCAGAGAAGCUGGAGGCUGUACUGAUCCCAGACCAGGGUCACCAUCAGGUCGGACCUGCUGAUCACUGUAGCGACAUGUUCAUCCUGUCCGUCACUGUCGCAUUCGCCACUAGGCUAGAACAGUUGAUCCCAAACACCAUGAAGCUGUCUGCUGAAGGGUCAAACUUCUUCUUCUACUACUCUUUACUGGGCAACGACAUCACCAGUGAGCCUUUCCAGAGCCUACUGAGUCCUGACUUUGAGCCGGAGCGCGCCUCUGUACGCAUCCGGAGCAACAAACUGAUCCUCAAGUCUUUCCUGUCUCAGCAGCCCAGUUUACAGAUCCACCUGUGCUGUGGGAAUCACUCUCUGGGGAGUACAGAUGUGUCUCUUUCAUCUCUGGCUGCUGUUCCUGUGGAUCUGGAGAAUAAGGCAGCUGUAGUGGAGGGAGUGUUUGUCCUCAAACCUCCAAAGCACAUCCCACAAACUUUGCCUGUGCUACCUGUUGAUCUGCAGCCAACUGUCAGUGUGUCCAUUACUCUGAGAAGAGAGGACGUCACAUCACAGAUUUCAGGGAACAAAGAUGAUGGUGGAGCUCAGACACAGUCCAUCCCUCUUGCUCCUCCCCCUGCUGAAUCGAGACAUCACGGCACUUCUCCAGUCCAAAAACCUCCCAUGACUUCGACUACAGCUACUCCUCAUCGCCCUUCUUUCUCCCACACAGAGUGUGAGGCGGACAGUUUACUGGAGGAGCAUCAUCGUAGUAAAGAGCCGAGGGGACCGACAGCUGCAGAUGUGGAGGUUCCUGUGCAGCUGCAGAGGCAGAACAGAGCUACAGACGAGGGCAGGGCAUCAUCUAUCUGCAUUUCUGCUCCCAAAGUGUCCAUCCCAUCCUCCACCCAUCACUACAACUUCUCUCUGUACCUGCAAAGCCUGGGAGGCCUUACCCUGACGCAUCCCAUUGCUGCAACACUCAGGUAUUCAUAUCCGUUCUUCAGCAGUCCAGCGCCCAUUAUUACCAGCCCUCCCGUGGAGCUGCGGAGUAACAUGGAGGUGUCGCUGCCUCAGUCCUACUGCGCCUUUGAUUUUGCUUCCUUACCGCAGCAGCUGCAUGACACCUUCCUCAGAGUUCCUCUCAGGAUAGAAGUGUGGGACAGAGACUCCACCAAUCGAGACCGGUUGAUUGGACAAGCCUCAGUCCAGCUAUCUCACCUGCUGAGCUCUGAGAAGAUCAGGUUUCCGACAUCGACGGGAGAUCAGAGCUGGAAGCAAACUUAUCAGGACCUAAUUCCUGUGGUCAGCACACAACGCUCAUCUGAGAAGGUCGCAGAGUUGAGCUACGUAGCAACGCUGGAGGACCUCGGACUGCUCAAAGCCGGAGACGGCAUUUUGUCAGACUUUUUGCAGAAUGAAGUCACCCCCACACAUCCGCCCUCCUACCCUGCAGCACCCAGACCUGCUUCUCCCAGCCUACCUGCUGCCCCCCUGGGCCCCGCUGCCCCAAGAGAAACCCUUGAGUACCGCAAAGCCCUGGAGCUGGAGCUGUGGAAGGAGGAGCAGGAGGAGAUGUUCACUGAUCAGUUGAAGAGGAAGGAGCUGAGCUACAUGCAGACAUUAAGAGACGAGUGGAAGAAAAGGGAUCAGGAGAGAGAAGCUCUGGUCAGAAAGAAGGAGGCAGAGUUAAAUCUACUGGAGGAGCAGCUGCAGAAGUCACUGUCUGAUUUGGAGAAAAGAGAGAAACAGCUGGCAGAAGCAGAGCUCCACACCCAGAGGCUGCAGAGGGAACUGAAAACAGAGCAUGAGCUGAGCCAGAGGGAACUGCAAGAGAGCAGCAGGAGGCUGCAGCAGGAGUGUGACCACCGGGUGGCGCUAGAGAGAGAGAAAGUGCUACUUAUGGAGGAGGAGAGAAGCCGGGUGCUGCAGCAGAUUUCAGACGCAGAGUCUCGAUACAAACAGCUGGAGAAAGAAUUUCAGUCCUACAGAGAACAACAGAACAUGAGACCUGAGUUCAAACUGCAGUCAGAGAUGAACCUGCUGAUGCUGGAGAAGGUGGAACUGGAGAGGAAGCUGGAAACCACCACCAAGUCCAAGCUUCAUUACAAGCAGCAGUGGGGACGAGCCUUAAAAGAACUGGCCCGGUUCAAACAGCGUGAACAGGAAAACACCAUGAUGCGUUUGAAGAAGCAGCAGACAGAGCUGGAGGCCAUGAGGCAGCAUUACCUAGCAACAGAGGAGAAGGAAGCAGACCGACAAGAGAGGCGGGAGCUGGACGACAUCAGAAAUGAGCUCAACAGAUUAAAGCAGCAGGAAAGAUUAGGCCCUGCCUCUUCCAUGUCUGGCCCCGCCCCUGCCAUGGGUCUGAAUGAGAGCGCUGAGGAACAUCUGAGCCGCCUGCUGGAGGAGCGAGACACUCUGCUGAGGACAGGUGUCUACACCCACCAAGACCGAAUCAUCGCUGAGCUCAACAGACAAAUACAGGAAGCCAUGACGGACAAACUCUGACCACUGUCAUUAUUAUAGUGGAUUAUAAUUAUUAUCUCUUUGAUAAUUGAGUGUGACCACUGCAAGAUUAAUUCUCACUGUGUAAGCCAGAAGAAAUGAAAUGCCCUUACAAGGUCAUUUUAUAAUUAGAUUUUCUGUUUUCUCAGUAAAAACUGUGAGAAUAAUGUUUCGUAUCUGAGGUUCUGAAGUUCAAUAUCUCGGCAACUGAAGUCAUUCUGAAUUAACUCAAUUAACAUGUUUGAUUUCUUCAUUAGUUCCUUUUUUUUCUGUCCAGCUUUUUGUUUGUACAGAGAUUUAUCAAAAUAAGGUAUUAAUUCAUGCAUCCAGGCAAAAGACUAUUUUAAUUAUUUCAUUGAUAUUCGUUUGAGCAAUUCAAUUUUUAUACAGAAAGCAAAAAGGUACUCUCCCAAAAUACAAAACUAUUCUUUUUUACUAUAGAGCAAAAUAUAAAGUAUUGAUUUGAUAAAUAAUUAUACAACUGAAAAUCAAGUGUAAAAAGAAAAUAGUACUCAUUUUUACACUUGAUUUGUUUGUUUAAUCAAAUUAAAAGGCUUGUUUUUCAUCACACUUUUUCCUCGCUUCUUAUCACACACAUGUUAUUUUAUUUAAUGUGUGAAAACGUGUUUAUAUAUUUAUGUUUGUCUUUGUGUUUUUAUGUUAUCAUAGUGUUCCAAUCUGCAAAGUCCUUUAUACUUUGCAGCCAAACAGUGAAUCAGUGGACAGAAAAUGUAUUUAAUUAUUUUUAAAAGCUGUUAGAAAUGCAUCAUGUUCUCAUUUAUCAUGUCAUAUUUUUUUUUCAUUUUCUCUGAAUGUAAAAAUGAGAAUUAAUGUAUGCUUCUACUUUAACCUAUAUUGUCUGUGAAGUAAGAUGAUUUCAGAUCAGCUGCAGAUUCAUUUUUCUUAUCUCUUAUCUAGUGAUAAAUAAUUGAUUCAUCAUAAUAAAUAAAUACGUAAAGCAGCAAAUGUUCACA